CACCGAGACCGCUCGUCGGAUUUCUUUGCGUGCACCAUGUCGACGGCCGUGGAAGCGACCGGGCUCGUGAUGGUCAUCGUCAGCUGGCUGAUCACCGGCGCCUCGCUGUCCAACGACUACUGGAAGAUGUCCUCCGUGUCCGGCAGCGUCAUCAUCUCCCAGCGGCUGUUCGAGAACCUCUGGCACUCCUGCGCCGAGAACAGCGCCGGCAUCGCCGAGUGCCGAGACUUCGAGUCGCUGCUCGCCCUCCCCGCUCACAUCUCGGCGAGUCGGGCCCUGAUGAUCAUGUCUCUGCUGCUCGGCCUCGGCUCGAUGGUCGUGUCUCUCCUCGGAAUGAAGUGCAUCAAGAUCGGCUCGGCCACCGAGCAAUCGAAGGCCAAGAUCGCGGUCGGCGGCGGCGUCCUGAGCAUGCUCGCCGGUCUGUGCUGCAUGAUCGCCGUCUCCUGGUACGCCUACAGAGUCGUGCAGGACUUCCACAACCCGUUCUUCGGCGGAGUGAAGUUCGAGCUGAGCACUGGGCUCUACCUGGGGUGGGGCGCAUCCUGUCUGGCCAUUCUGGGCGGAGCUUUUCUCUGCUGCGCCUGCAAGAGGGCGGCACCUAAAGGAGCAAAAAGCGGUUUCUACGGAAACAAAACCCCGAAGGUCUACACGGCCACCGCCAAGUCGGACGCGGACUCCAGAGCCUACGUCUGACAGCGUCCUAUCGCCUCACAGACUUCCCCCAGCAUCGCCUCGAUUCAUGUAAACAAACCCUAAAAAAAAAGAAGGAGAACAGCUGUUUGUCCCCGAAUGGGAGGACGGUCCCCACAAUGUCAUGAUUAUCGGACACUACACACACGUCUGGUGACUAAUGUCUCUUAAAAGUAUAAUAUCUAAUAUGAUAUGGAAAUGACAUCCCAUAAAAUAUUGACGUGUGGUGUGAUGUUUCCUAAAAUGCAGACAGGAAGUUUUACUUCUGUCAUUUUUAUGUAUUUGCAUAUUUUUUUUAAGAAUUUGUGAUGUGAAAUGUAAAAUCGAAAUCUAGAGAAUAAGAAGGAUUAGUGGAUGAUUGUUGGUGCUUCUGUAAUUCUGCGUGGAGUUUAUUAUCGGAACAAGGUUUUUAUGUCAAUGAGGUUUUUGGUGUUUUCCAGAUGUUUUUUUAAAGGCAAAGUGCGUAAAAUAAUUAAAAUCAUGAGUCAUGUUCAA